CUGGCCACUAGCUACUUCGAAGCUCGAGGUGCAAGCAACCAGUAAUACAUAGACCGAGGUCGGCUUCGUUCAUAAUAACAUGAAUACCUCGCCGACUUUCCGUCGAAACGUCGCACUCGCCGCCGCGCUGGUCGUGGUCUUCUGCUUGGGAGCCAUCUCGGGCAGCCAGAGCCAGAGGAGUUUAGGUUUAGGUUCGGGUUUAGGUUUGAACGAGAGGCUACAAGCCCACACCCCGACCUACCUCCAUCCCUACCUUACCAAUAACGCUGGCGUCAACUCUACUACAACCAGGCUUCAACCGAACAUCUCAAUCUCAUCCUCAAACCCCUGCCCAGUAGGAUGUCCUGAAGAUCCCUACGCAAGGGCGGGUAUGAUCAUCUUCCCCCCCUCUUCCCCCUUCUCCGACUUUCCUGAUCAUGAUGAUGAUAAUAGGGAUGGGGAUCGGGAGUAUGAUCCGGCGUGGACGAGAUGGGCCCCUUUCCCGCCUCUGGAGCGUGAACGAGAUCGUGCAGAGCAGGAUGGCAUGACGGGGAUGGGGACGGUAAAGGGGAUGAGGACGAAAGCGGUCGAUAAGGCUAUCGAUGAGAGGGCUCGUGCUCGGGUUCGGGGCGGAGGUAGAGAUAGAAAUCUCGCUGGAGCUGGGACGAGCAUGGGGAAGAAGCUCACGGAUUCGGAGAAGGAAGAGGAGGAGUCCGGAGCUGGAGCUGGAGUUUAUGGCUGGGGCUGGGGAUGGGAUCGGGUCAAGGACCAGGACCAGCGCAGAAGGAUAGACCGACGAGAACAGCGGAGAGAUCGAUCACGCCCACAACCCUCAAGAAGACUGGAAGACGGACCGACUCUCAGUCUAACCUCUCCAUACACGGUCGCUUUAUCUAACAAGGACGAAGAGUUGAUCGGGUUCGCUAAAGGGCGAGUGGGGUUGUUCGUCGGGUCGAGCCAUGAUCGAAACAACGUCGUCAACUUCUGCAAGGCGAUUGGCGGGAGGACGCAGACGUGGGGAUUUCAUAUCGGUACCAUCUGCCACCUCGACUGGCUCGAUUUCAAGAUCGUCAGCUGGUUCUUGGUCGGCAUGGUCGACGACGACUCAUACGACUGGUUCCGCGGGUCGGAACAACGGCCGGUCAUGUUUGAGCAUCGGAUUCCAGAAAUCAUGCUGCCCAUCAUGGAAGAGGUCGGACUGAAGGAUAUCAUCCCGGAUCUCAUCACUAUCGGGUCAUUGUUCUGGGACGAGGCGUUCCUGACAUCGCAUCGUCUCAUCCGAGGCUACGGGGACAAGGAGGGCACGUACGGGUUUUACCCAGAGGAAUUGCGAUGGCAUCGGACCCGGGUGGCCGAGCUCAUCCAAUUCUUCCGGGGCAUGUACGGCGAGGAGGUCCCGAUGAUGUUGCGCACGAGACAGCAUCGAGGGAUGGACGAGCACGGCGGCAAGUUGAAGAUCGCUCAGCUGGAUCAGAGCCUGAGAUCAAUCGCCAAGGAGAUGGACGUCAAGUUGUUCACCUGGGGUGACAAGUUGGAGGGCUGGUUAAAGUACGAGGACCACGAUCAACACUUUGGGUUCGGCCCCAGCACCUAUCUGUUUGGCGACAUGUUCAUGUUCUACCUUCGACAGGCUACCAUACCCCGCUGCUGGGUGUGUCGAGAAUCGCCAGUGGCGUAAAGAUUAACGACUUUCAUGACAUAGAUGCGAAUAUGAAGCUUGUUACACGGCCAGAGGCCCCCCCGAUACCCAGAAUGACAACAUGCAUAUGAUUGUACCAGGUCGUCGAAUCCACUCGGAUCGGUUAUCGUCCAUGAGAUCGGUGAGAAAAAGCAAACACAAACAUAAG